CCCAGCAGGAGUGGGUGGACAUGAUCAAGGCGCAGGGCCCGGUUGUGCUGUACCACGACGGCGUGCGCGAGGCGAGGAGGUGGCAGUCGCUGAGGGCGCGGUACGCCUACGGGCUCGUCUUCUUCGCCACCAACCUGCUGGCCUGGUUCGUCAGGGACUACGGGGCCAAGCUGCUCCGCGGCCUGCACCAUGUGCCGGUUUGUGGAGCAGGAGACUCCAAGUGCUUCCAGUCUGGGGGAGUGCUUCGAGUGAGCUUAGGCUGCUUUAUAUUUUUCUGGGUGAUGUUUGCCUCAACAUUUGGAACUCGCAAGCUCCAUGAAGUUCGCAAUUCAUGGCAUUCCGGAUGCUGGGUCCUGAAGUUCCUUGUGUAUGCUGUGUCAAUAAUCAUCCCGUUUAUCAUCCCUAACAUCUUCAUCCAGCUGUAUGGUGAAAUUGCUCGAAUCGGUGCCGGGGUAUUCCUCCUCCUCCAGCUCACGAGCAUGCUACACUUCAUCUCAUGGUGCAACAAACGCUGGAUGCCAGAUUCCCGGUCGAGACAAUGCGGCCUGUUCGGACUGUUCAUGUCGACUGUCUCCUUCAUCGCCUCGUUCGCCGGGAUCGCCGUGCUGUAUGCCUUGUACGCUCCCAACUCGUCGUGCGCGUUCAACAUCUUCACCAUCACAUGGACGGCGAUCUUGGUGGCGACAAUGAUGGCGGUGUCGCUGCACUCAAAGGUCAACGAGGGUCUCCUGUCGUCUGGAAUCAUGGGCUUAUAUAUUGUGUUCCUCUGUUGGUCGGCACUGCAUAGCGAACCACAAACUGGAAAGUGCCACACUCAGAUGAAAUUUGCUGGCGAUUGGGCUACUAUUGUUAGCUUCAUUAUAGCAAUUUGCGCUAUUGUGAUGGCCACAUUUUCUACUGGAAUCGACAACAGAUCUUUCCAACUUCGAAAUGACGAGGCCCAACUGGAAGACGAUGUCCCCUACAGCUACGAGAUUUUCCACGUUGUAUUCGCAAUGGGAGCUAUGUAUUUUGCGAUGCUGUUCAUCAACUGGGAGCUUAACCAUCCAACGAGAAAGUGGAGCAUAGAUGUUGGAUGGGCCAGUACGUGGGUAAAGAUCAUCAAUGAAUGGUUUGCAGCUAGCAUAUACGUUUGGAGAUUGAUCUCUCCAGUGAUAUGGAGGAAGGAAGCUGCCAACAAUGAAGAGCUGGUGCCGCAGGCGCAGGCCCUCACAGUAUAGUGUUCACGAUAGCGAAAUUUUCCUUUACACAUUAUUUAUUCAAUUAUUCUGCUAAAAGUAUAGAGUCUGAUUUUUCACAGCCACAUUUUUAUGUGCUAUACAGAUAUCCAGCUAAAAGUAUACAGUCUGACUUUUCACAGGCCAGCCCCAUGCUUUUUAAAAAAAUUCAAAUACA